AUGACCGUAGUCUCAAAUAGUCCCACCAUGUGGCCGUCUAUCGAAUUUGAUCGCGCUGAAAGCUAUUAUACAGUUGUGUCCACUGUUGCGGUGAUAUACGAUUGGGUACUGACGUUCGAUCAAGAGGUUGAACUGGUUUGGAAGCGACGCUGGUCCGUCAUGAGUGUCUUAUAUCUCAUUUUGCGCUAUUGUGGAAUAAUAUACGCUGUCCUCGAUGUACCGGGUGUGUCUCUCCAACUCUUUGUGUCUUCGUACAUAUACCAAACUGUGGCAUGUAGCAAGUAUCACGACACUCCACGUGACAGAUGCUGCACUUUUUUCGUUUUCCAACAAUGGUUGAUGUUUUACAUCGCAAACAUUAUCCUGGGCGUGAUCAUGAUUUUUCGGUUGCAUGCCAUGUAUCAGCGAUCGAGAAAAAUGCUCAUCUUCCUCGUUGUAUUCUUCCUUUCCUUGGCGAUCACCAGCGGAGUAAUUUUUGUAAUACAAAUCACACAUCUUACAGCAGAGGAGCUCAUCCUCUCCGGUAUUUAUCAGUGCGAUUACGAGGGAACUAGCCCUCCUCUAUCAGCCAUCACUUGGAUGCUCGGCACUGUAUGGGAAAUUCUCGCGUUGUAUCUUUCAGUCAGGAUUGCUAUAAAGCAUUUCCGUGAACGACUAUCGACAGGAUCGAUUAUCGAAGACUGUUUCAUGGUGUUAAUAAAAAGUCAUGUAUUUUACUUUGCAAGCUUUGCUGCCGUUGCUUCCUUCCGCAUUAGCUUCAUCUCUCCAAAUUUACCGGUAGGCCCAUCCGUUACUGACUCGCAUCCAUCUGACUGCUCCUCCGAGUCGAUUGUGCAGAGCGGAAGUUCUGCAGGAGCUGAGCUUUAUUACGCUGUUGCGCUACUUUCCGCACUCUUGCAGAUGUUUAUACUGGGACCGCGCCUCGUCCUCAGCGUCCGAGAACACAGCACUAGGCUCGUGCAUGACUUCGACGAAGCAACUGGCAUGGCUACACUUGCUUUCCAGGAGAGUGCAGUCGUGUCGACUGGUGGUGGUGUGUAG